AUGGACCACUACCACUGGGAGCCUGAGGGAGGCACUAUGGACCACUACCACUGGGAGCCUGAGGGAGGCACCGUGGACCACUACCACUGGGAGCCUGAGGGAGGCACCGUGGACCACUACCACUGGGAGCCUGAGGGAGGCACCGUGGGCCACUACCACUGGGAGCCUGAGGGAGGCACCGUGGGCCACUACCACUGGGAGCCUGAGGGAGGCACCGUGGGCCACUACCACUGGGAGCCUGAGGGAGGCACCGUGGACCACUACCACUGGGAGCCUGAGGGAGGCACCGUGGACCACUACCACUGGGAGCCUGAGGGAGGCACCGUGGGCCACUACCACAGGGAGCCUGAGGGAGGCACCGUGGGCCACUACCACUGGGAGCCUGAGGGAGGCACCGUGGACCACUACCACUGGGAGCCUGAGGGAGGCACCGUGGGCCACUGCCACUGGGAGCCUGAGGGAGGCACCGUGGACCACUACCACUGGGAGCCUGAGGGAGGCACCGUGGACCACUACCACUGGGAGCCUGAGGGAGGCACCGUGGGCCACUACCACUGGGAGCCUGAGGGAGGCACCGUGGACCACUACCACUGGGAGCCUGAGGGAGGCACCGUGGGCCACUACCACUGGGAGCCUGAGGGAGGCACCGUGGGCCACUACCACUGGGAGCCUGAGGGAGGCACCGUGGACCACUACCACUGGGAGCCUGAGGGAGGCACCGUGGGCCACUGCCACUGGGAGCCUGAGGGAGGCACCGUGGACCACUACCACUGGGAGCCUGAGGGAGGCACCGUGGGCCACUACCACUGGGAGCCUGAGGGAGGCACCGUGGGCCACUACCACUGGGAGCCUGAGGGAGGCACCGUGGGCCACUACCACUGGGAGCCUGAGGGAGGCACCGUGGGCCACUACCACUGGGAGCCUGAGGGAGGCACCGUGGGCCACUACCACUGGGAGCCUGAGGGAGGCACCGUGGGCCACUACCACUGGGAGCCUGAGGGAGGCACCGUGGGCCACUACCACUGGGAGCCUGAGGGAGGCACCGUGGACCACUACCACUGGGAGCCUGAGGGAGGCACCGUGGACCACUACCACUGGGAGCCUGAGGGAGGCACCGUGGGCCACUACCACUGGGAGCCUGAGGGAGGCACCGUGGACCACUACCACUGGGAGCCUGAGGGAGGCACCGUGGGCCACUGCCACUGGGAGCCUGAGGGAGGCACCGUGGGCCACUGCCACUGGGAGCCUGAGGGAGGCACCGUGGACCACUACCACUGGGAGCCUGAGGGAGGCACCGUGGACCACUACCACUGGGAGCCUGAGGGAGGCACCGUGGGCCACUACCACUGGGAGCCUGAGGGAGGCACCGUGGACCACUACCACUGGGAGCCUGAGGGAGGCACCGUGGGCCACUACCACUGGGAGCCUGAGGGAGGCACCGUGGGCCACUACCACUGGGAGCCUGAGGGAGGCACUGUGGGCCACUACCACUGGGAGCCUGAGGGAGGCACUGUGGGCCACUGCCACAGGGAGCCUGAGGGAGGCACCGUGGGCCACUACCACUGGGAGCCUGAGGGAGGCACUGUGGGCCACUACCACUGGGAGCCUUAG